AUGGCCUUCACGACAAGGUCGACGACGCAUACUGCCGCCAACCGGGCCGCCAACCGGGCCGCCAACGUCGCACGGCGCGAGCGGCUCCGGCGACUGGCGCUGGAGACGGUGGACCUCGCGGCAGAGCCCAAUGCCCUCGGCCAGCAGCUGGGUGGCUUUGAGUGCCGGCUAUGCGAUUCCAGGCAUGCCAAUGAAGCGCAAUACUUGGCGCACACGCGAGACGCAGGGCACCAGUACAACCUCUUGGCGCGUAGUAUGUCGGACUGCUGCCUCCAGGAAGGCAGCCGAUGCGGCGACCCACUCCAUAUUCGGUGA